CGUUGCCCGGAGACCGAAAGUUUGCGAGCCAGAACAGGCUGGGCGGCGGUCCCGGAAAGGGGGUCCAGGGGGCGGCGGCCCUGGGGAUGGGGAAGGAGCAGGAGCUGCUGGAGGCGGCCCGCACCGGACACCUCCCGGCCGUGGAGAAGCUGCUGUCCGGGAAGCGGCUCUCCUCAGGCUUCGGGGGCGGCGGCAGCGGGGGCUCAGGGGGAGGCAGCGGCGGCGGCGGCGGCGGCGGCGGUGGUCUUGGCUCCUCGAGCCAUCCCCUCUCCAGCCUGCUCAGCAUCUGGAGAGGGCCAAAUGUGAACUGUGUUGACAGCACUGGGUAUACACCUCUGCACCAUGCUGCUUUGAAUGGCCAUAAGGAUGUGGUCGAGGUUCUUCUGAGGAACGAUGCACUGACCAACGUGGCUGAUUCUAAAGGCUGUUACCCUCUGCACUUGGCAGCCUGGAAAGGAGAUGCCCAGAUAGUGCGGUUGCUCAUCCAUCAAGGGCCCUCACACACCAAAGUCAAUGAACAGAAUGCUCUUGAGAUCAAAGAACUCAAAAAGUACGGCCCCUUUGACCCUUAUAUCAAUGCCAAGAACAAUGACAACGAGACGGCCCUGCACUGCGCAGCGCAGUAUGGCCACACGGAGGUGGUGAAGGUCCUCUUAGAGGAGCUGACUGACCCCACCAUGCGCAACAACAAGUUCGAGACGCCUCUGGACCUGGCUGCGCUCUACGGGAGGCUGGAGGUGGUGAAGAUGCUCCUCAACGCACACCCCAACCUCCUGAGCUGCAACACUAAGAAGCACACCCCUCUGCACUUGGCAGCAAGGAAUGGCCACAAAGCCGUGGUCCAGGUCCUCCUGGAUGCCGGCAUGGAUAGCAAUUACCAGCCACGCCAAACCUGGGUCCCUGUUCUGAUGACAUCCUGCUCUGCGCUCUCAUUUGCUUUCCAGACGGAGAAGGGCAGUGCUUUGCAUGAGGCUGCUUUGUUUGGCAAGACCGAUGUGGUGCAAAUCCUGCUGGCUGCAGGAAUUGACGUCAACAUAAAAGAUAACCGUGGACUGACUGCCUUAGACACUGUCCAGGAGCUGCCAUCUCAGAAGAGCCAGCAGAUAGCAGCACUGAUCGAAGAUCACAUGACUGGAAAAAGAAGUGCAAAAGAGGUAGAUAAAACCCCCACAGCCCAGCCACCUCUCAUCUCCAACAUGGACUCCAUAUCCCAGAAGUCUCAGGGUGACGUGGAGAAAGCAGUGACUGAACUGAUCAUCGAUUUUGACACCAACACGGAAGAGGAGGGUCCUUACGAGGCGCUGUACAACGCUGUCUCCUGCCAUUCAUUGGACAGCACAGCCAGCGGGCGCUCGUCUGACCGGGACUCCGUGAGCAGGGAGGCCGAGGCGGCGGGAGUGAAAGCUGCUGGAGUGAGGCCUAGGGAACGUCCUCCGCCUCCAGCAAAACCACCACCUGAUGAAGAGGAGGAAGACCGCAUAGAUAAGAAGUAUUUUCCCUUGACAGCUUCUGAGGUCUUGACUGUGAGACCCUGGAUUCAGGGGAGCGCAGCCAGGGAGGAGGACGAGCAUCCUUAUGAGCUACUGCUGACAGCAGAGACAAAGAAGCUGGCAUCCGUGGACGGAAGGACAAAAGACCACAGGCAGAGCAGCGGCAGCCGGAGCCAGGACUCUGCAGAGGGGCAGGACGGGCAGGUCCCGGAGCAGUUCUCAGGUCUCCUCCACGGCUCCUCCCCAGUGUGUGAGGCGGGGCAGGACCCUUUCCAGCUGCUUCCAGCCCCUGGCCAGAGCCAUCAAGAAGGGUCCCCCGCUCAGGGUGCCCGCCCCGAGGCAGGCAUGCAGCUGGAGGAGACGGGCGGGCGCACGUCCGGAGCCUCCGCGCCCCGCGUGCCGGACCAGAGUAAGAGAGUGGGCUAUCCGGCCGGCCUGCCUCCCGCCCACAGCCAGACGCACCCCGAAACUUCGACGCGCACCGCAUCUCCACACCCUGGGGGUGCCGAGGAAGAAGGCGACCGGAGCGGGGCCAGAAGCCGAGCCCCUCCCACCGGCAGACCCAAAGCUGAGCUCAAACUCAGCCGCAGCUUGUCCAAGUCUGACUCUGAUCUCCUGACCUGCUCACCCACGGAGGACGCUACGAUGGGGAGCCGGAGCGAGUCCCUGUCCAACUGCAGCAUCGGGAAGAAGAGGCUGGAGAAGUCUCCCUCCUUUGCCUCCGAGUGGGAUGAGAUUGAGAAGAUCAUGAGCUCUAUUGGAGAAGGGAUCGACUUUUCUCAGGAACAGCAGAAGAUCUCAGGUUCGCGGCCGCCGGAGCAGAGCGUCGGGGAGUGGCUGGAGGCCGUGGGGCUGCAGCAGUAUGAGAGCAGGCUGCUUCUCAAUGGCUUUGACGAUGUCCGCUUCCUGGGGCCUAAUGUGAUGGAAGAUCAAGACCUGCGGGAAAUCGGCAUCAGUGAUGCACAGCACAGGCGGAAGCUGCUCCAGGCCGCGCGGUCCCUGCCCAAGGUGAAGGCUCUGGGCUAUGAUGGGAACAGCCCCCUGUCAGUGCCCUCCUGGUUGGACUCCCUGGGCCUGCAGGACUACGUCCAUUCCUUCCUGUCGAGUGGCUACAGCUCCAUUGACACUGUGAAGAACCUCUGGGAGCUGGAGCUUGUCAACGUCCUAAAGGUGCACCUGCUCGGCCAUCGCAAGCGCAUCAUCGCCUCCCUGGCAGACAGACCCUACGAGGAGCCGCCCCAGAAGCCCCCACGGUUUUCCCAGCUGAGAUGCCAAGACUUGCUCUCCCAGACGUCAUCCCCCCUGAGCCAGAAUGACUCCUGCACCGGCCGGUCGGCUGACCUGCUGCUGCCUUCUGGGGACACGGGCAGGAGGCGGCACGACAGUCUCCAAGACCCUGCAGCGCCCUCUCGGGUGGAGCGCUUCAGGAUCCAGGAAGAGCACCGAGAGGCCAAGCUGACCCUUCGGCCCCCAAGCCUGGCUGCCCCCUAUGCCCCUGUGCAGAGUUGGCAACACCAGCCGGAGAAACUCAUCUUCGAGUCCUGCGGUUAUGAAGCCAAUUAUCUGGGUUCCAUGUUGAUCAAAGAUCUGCGAGGGACAGAAUCCACGCAAGACGCCUGUGCCAAGAUGCGGAAAUCCACGGAGCACAUGAAGAAGAUCCCCACCAUCAUCCUGUCCAUCACCUACAAAGGUGUCAAGUUCAUCGACGCCUCCAACAAGAACGUCAUCGCAGAGCACGAGAUCCGGAACAUUUCCUGUGCAGCCCAGGACCCGGAGGACCUCUGUACCUUCGCCUACAUCACCAAGGACCUGCAGACCAGCCACCACUAUUGCCACGUUUUCAGCACGGUGGACGUGAACCUGACCUAUGAGAUCAUCCUGACGCUGGGGCAGGCGUUCGAGGUGGCCUAUCAGCUGGCCCUACAGGCCCAGAAGUCUAGGCCGAUGGGGGCCUCUGCUGCCGAGAUGAUCGAAACAAAAUCUUCCAAACCGGUGCCUAAGCCUCGGGUCAGCAUGAGGAAGUCAGCAGUGCCGCUGCCCCCUGAUAGUCGCUGUUGUUACUGUCACACCUGCCCCACCCAUCGUCCUUCUUACCUCCCGCUGCCGUCUGUUAGUCCUGGAGUCAAGCUGGAACCACCUGAUAUGGACCCAGAUGCCCAGUCCCAUGCCAGCGUCUCCUGGGUUGUGGACCCCAAACCAGACUCUAAGCGGAGCCUCAGCACCAACUGAGCCACCGAGGAACCAACUGUGCUGCGGAAACAGCCGUGGGGAGCGCAGGCUCCCGCCGCCGCCGCCGCUGCCACCACCGUCUCAGCUGCAGCUUUGAAGACGCAGGCCCCCACUACUGCCCGUAGGACCUCCUCGCGGCUGCAUGGUCUGGGCCUGCCACCGCCAGGUCUCGCCGCGUGAGCCCUGCCCUGGUUGCGGAGCAGCCCUCCAGGCCUCUAGCAGAUGAGGCUGGAACUCCAGAGGGCCAAGAAGUGACUUGUCCAGAAAACAUUUUUAAUAGAAAAAAAUUUUUUUAUAAAGUGAACUUUCAACACUUGGCUCAACCCUCUAGGUUAAACUGCCAAUCUUUAGACAAUGGCCAUAGGGUCAGAGGACAGCAGGCCUCUGUCCUCAGGCUGGGGUCUUGGCGUGCUUGGGCAGCUCUGAGAGAAGGUAGUGGGUGAAUUGAAUCUGCUCGACAGACCUGCCAGUCAGCUGCUCUUCCUUCUGAGCCGCACGGCUUCUUGUCCCCGCCUGGAGCUGGGGGCAGCCCGUAGAGGCGCCUGGCAAAAGCAGAGGCUUCUGGGGUUCCAAACGUGAAGGUCCGGGGCCACGCAGAGUUGCACAAGCAGGUCGCGGUGCCCGAGCUCUGGGCUGCUCCUCCGUCUCGGACCCGGCGGUGGCCAGAGCGCUGCCCUGGGCUGCCUGGCCACAGGCUCUCUGGUGACCUCAGACUGUCUGAGUCGAGGCAGAAAGGAGAAGCAGCAGCUUUGUUUUGGGCAUUAAUGGGUAGGUCGGCUGAGGUGGCUGCCUGCUGAUUUGUGAUUUGUCUAAUCAGGUCUGUGUGAUUAGGACUCACUUUGAUUCUCUGAAUUAUCGGUUUGAUUGUCAUCCUUUCAGCUGCUGGGCUCCCCCCUGGCUCCAAGGGUAGAGAAGGCUGAAUCAGGUGACAGUUUGAUUCUCCCCGAGUGUGGCCUUCAGGGCAGGCUGGCGUCCGGGUGCUGCUGCUGCCUGAGCCCUCCUGCUGGCUGGCUUUGCUUUUCACCUUUGGUUGCAUUGCUCCUCCUGGAGGUAGAGGCAGAGCCAGAGGGACUGUUCCUGUGAGGCUGGGCCAGGUCAGCUGCCUGUCCAGCACCUUCCAGAGCAGAGCCUUUCCUCCCACGGGGCCGCGAGCAGACCUUCCACUUUGCUGGCACAGUGCAAUCUGGUCCCAGGAUCAGUAGUCCAGGCUUCAGUAGCGCCGCUUUCUCUCCCGGCAGGGGCUGUGAAUGAGCAGGGAGCGCCCCGGCGCACCUUCACAGCCCUGUGGUCGGCCAGCAGUGGAAAGCUGGGCCGCGUCCUCCUGCUGACCUGAGGCUGGGCCCUGUGGGUUUCCUUUCCGCUGAGCCGUCCACACCGCAGGCCUGGGGAGUCACAUCCCCUCUCACUGAUCCUGCCCUUCUCGGUACUAAACAAGGACCUCGAUACCGGGAAGUCUGACUUCACGUCCUGCUGCUUCCAGGGCCCGUUGGCUUCCACUGAGCAGUAUUCAGCCCCUACUUCCUUCCAGGUAUGGACGAGGAACCCCAAGCUGGGUGGGUAAACCGCGGCUCCUGCUGCAGUGCGAGUGCUGUGCCCUCUUCCUCCUGAGGAAGGCCGGUCUCCUCUAAGCAGCCCUCUCUUGGUGGGUGGUGGGUCCAUUAAGAAAACUGUAGACACUACGAUGAGUUCCUCAAGCUGUCUCUUUGUUUUUAAGUCAUAGGUAGGUGUCUCCUCCCCUUGAAGCUGCUAUAUCUUCUUUAUUUAUUCAGGGUGUUUCAUGUUGGAAAGCCUUGGCUGAUCUGCUCUGGCUCUGGAUUUUGUUUUGAGCUUGGUUUAUUUCUCAAUAGCCAAGAAAGGAAGGGACUAGAUAUUUCUUUUUUACUCCUCCUCCGGUACAGGUACUCUCCCUCCCCUAGAAAGAAAAAUUUUAACACCAGGACAGGCUUCACGUGGAGAGAAGUCCUGCUUCUGCACGUGAGCACAAGCCCCGCAGUGUGGCAGCCCCGUUCUGAACUGUGCAGGCCGUUCAGGUGGGACUUGAGAUAGGUCAGUACCUGCCCGGCCACAGGCUCUCUGCUCCGCCCUUCUGCUUGCAGCUACUCCAAGCAGGGCUUCCCUUCGACAGGCUCUGCAUUUGCAACGCUCGCAUCCCCCCGGGGCCCCCAGCUUCGACUCUGGGGAGUCCCCGGAGAAGUCUCGGGCUGAGCAGACUGGUCUGCCCUCGGCCUGUGUUGUGAUGCCCGGGCCUGCAGGACGACUCUCAGACGCAGUUCACAAAGUGGUGUUGCUAAUGCUGUGGCAAUGGGACUGAAUUGUAAUAAAACGUUAUUUAAUCUUUGUCUCUGUAUUUUGAUACUUGAAUGACUUCCCCUUUUAUUUUACUGUACAUAUAAUUGUUACUCUGUCCAAUUUUGUCUAAAUUACAGACAUCUUGUGGUACCAAACAUAACCGAUCUGUGCAACAACAUAGACUGACCUCACUACACGAGAGAGAGUGUAAAUAUUCCUGGGCUUUCGGCUUUGGUUUUGUUAUUUUCGUAACUGUACAACUUAGAACAGACUGAAUUAAUAAAUGAGAAGCGACAUGAAACCAA